AUGAAGAUCGUCGCCUCGACUAAGCUCACACGUGCCCAGCGAGCCAUGACUGAUUCUCGGGUGUACGGUCAAACCUCCAACAAAGUUUUCGAGGAAGCCGAGACAAAGCCAUUGGAAGAGAAGAAAACCCUCCUGGUCGUUGCAAGCUCCGACAAGGGUCUCUGUGGUGGUAUACAUUCAGGCAUGUCGCGAGCUGCACGAAGGAUGCUCGAGAACGACCCCAGCCUCGAUCUUGCCAUCGUGGGUGAGAAAUGCAAGGCCCAGCUUGGUCGAUCCAACGGCAAAAAUGUCGUCCUAAGUUUCGCCGGUAUUGGCAAGGAUGUCCCUACCUUCGCAGACGCCCAAGCGAUUGCCGAUCAACUUGUCCUGCUUCCCGAAGAAUAUGCUAGCAUCAAGAUUCUCUAUAACAAGUUCAUCAAUGCCCAGAGCUACGAACCUGUUACCGUCGAAGCAUACUCCGAAGAAGCCAUCACCCAAUCACCAAACUAUGCCGCGUUCGAGAUUGAUGAUGAGGUCCUCGCCAACCUGCGGGAAUACUCUCUUGCCAAUUCUCUUUUCUGGGCACUUGCUGAAGGACAUGCUUGCGAACAAUCUGCCAGAAGAAACGCCAUGGAUAACGCAUCCAAGAAUGCCGGUGAUAUGAUCAGUCGCUUCACCAUCCUGUACAACAGAACUCGACAAGCUGUCAUUACCGGAGAGCUGGUUGAGAUUAUUACCGGUGCUACCGCUUCAGAGGAGAUGUAA